CAUCAUCGUCAAUCAAUCAAACGAAAAAAAAAGAAGCAGUUGGCGGACGGACUGGAGAUGAGCGGAGCCGCCGGCGAGCUCACCGCGCCGCCGCCCCGUCGCCGGCGAUCCGGCCGAGCAGCGCAGAGAGAGGAGACGGCGCCGCUGCUGGAUCCCGCCGCCGAGGCUCCCCAGGGCCGAGGCAGUGCAGAGAGAGGAGGGCUGUUGGACCCCGCUGAGGUUCCCCAACUCCAGUGGGCCGACCCCAUUUCCAGCUCGCCGCGUGUGUAUGGUAGGAAGCAGUGGCGUGCCGUGUGCAAGGUGCUCGGCAACGACAAUCUCCUCGCUGAGAUCCUCGUCCGCCUCCCUCCCAAGCCGUCCUCUCUCCCCCGCGCGUCCGCCGUGUGCAAGCGCUGGCGCGGCAUCCUCUCCGACCCCGAGUUCCUCAAACGCUUCCGCAAGCACCACCGCAAGCCUCCUCUGCUCGGCUUCUUUGAAGGGUAUGCCAACCGCUUUGCUCCCGUCAUGGACUCGCCCGACCGUAUCACUGCCUCCUGCUUCUCCAUGCCCAAGAGCAGCACGCGCUACAACGACCAUCGAGAAUACAUGGGCUGCCGCCACGGCCUUGCUGUUCUGGUCAACAAGCAGGAGCGCAAGACCUUCGUGUGGGACCCCCUCACUGGCCGACAGCACAGCGUGGAUUUUCCGCCCGGGCUAGAUGACGCCUUUGCGGGGAAUUUCUGUAUGUGGCGCGGCGCGGUGUUGUGUGCUGAUGCUGAAGAUGGGCAUGUGCACGGAGAUUGCUUCUCGAGUCCGUUUAAAUUGGUCUUGCUCUGCUGCGGUGGAUACAAUACACAGGCAUUUUGCUCUGUCUAUGACUCGGUGUCUGGUGUUUGGGGAGGUGUUUUCUCGACCGCAAUAUCGCGUACAAUUUCUCUGUUAAGGCCCAGUAUCCUGGUCGGUGACGCACUUUGCUGGCUGAUUUCUGGAGGUGAUAUCCUUGUGUUUGAUUUCAAAUGUCAGAGCCUUGAUGUGAUCGAGAAGCCGGCAUUCUGCUAUGUUACCGACGGGUGUUUUCAGAUCUUACGGAUGGAGGGUGGUGGACUUGGCCUUGCUGUUUUGUUGGACCUGACCAUCCAAUUGUGGGAGAGGAAAUCUAACUCUGAUGGUGUCGUCGGAUGGGUGUUGCUGAAGAAAACCAUUCCACUGGAGGGGAUGGUUCCAAGGGGAAUGAAUUCUGUACGUUUCGUCGGGUAUGAUGAGGACACAAAUGUGAUUGUUCUCACUUCGAUGACCGGCAACUUCACACUCCAACUUGACUCGAUGCAGAUCAAACAUAUUGUCAAAAGAAACAACAUAUGUUACGACCCGUUUUAUCCCUACACGAAUUUCUAUACUGCAGCAAGGCAGGGCAGUCGGUCGGGAAGGGGUGAAUCUGGAACUAAUUGUGAUCGGACCAGAUCUGCUAACAUACUACCUUGGUCAAACAAUUUAGCAGGUAGUGGGAGUUAACUUCGGGUUGCUGAGACGCAGCCAUGGCUAGUUGGCGUACGGAAAUUCUUCUAUUUUGCUGAGAUGCAGACAUGGCCAGUUGUGUAGUGAAGUUCUUCUAUUUUGUAUGAUGCGGUUCACGCUUAAAAUGUCCUGCUAUGUAGUCUGUUGGAUCCUCUACUAUGUAGUAUGCUGUGGCAUGUGGUGUGAUCGAUGCUGAGAUGUCAACUCUAUGUAGUAUGUAGGUUGUUCUACUUUUAGGUACCGCGGGCCGUGAAGUGAGCCUAUCGGGUUUAAUCAUCUGAACUCUUAUAUAUAUAUUAGUAUCUAAGUUCAGCGGACAUCAGUCAAUUUGCGUGCC